UGUUCACGUUGUAUGUUGUAUAAUGUUUUGUGGUAGUUCUGUCACAGGUUUUGUGUUCGUGGUUGUUCGUGAAAGCGGUUAUGUUGGCGUGUAGAUCAUAUGUUACUUUAUUGAUCUUUUUUGAAUCUAUCUGUAAAUUAUAAACUUUUCUGUGAAUCAAACUAGCGAUAAAUAUCCUCCACUUAUACUAGAACGGGUCCAUAUCUUGCCUUGGGACCACCAGUGAGAUUGGAACUGACCCUGAAUGUUCACACCUGUCCAUAAUGCCGUCAGCGACUGCCGCCAAAGUAUAAAAGAUGUUUUAUCAACCUCUCUGCAAAAUAAGAAGAUACUAGCAUUAUUCUGAGGUAUAGUACUGAACAAUGCAUCCUACUAUAAUUUGACGAGUGAAGAAAGAUAUGGAAAGUAAUUCUUGCUCUGCCGACGACUUUUCAAGGUACGAUAACCACGUACACAUCACGAUGGAUCAUGAUAGUGGUUACAUAUCUCAUAAUCCUGAAUCAAAUUUAGACUCUCCUUUGGAAAGCUUAAGUGAAAACUCGCAUAUUUCUGAACCUGUUUUUCUUAGUGAGGAUGCUUUAUUGGAACGACCCACAAUAAGUAAAAGUGACCUUAGUUUACAAAUUGAAAAUGAAAACUAUGAAGAGACUAGGCAACUAUUUUUCAAUGUUUCUGACAAUGAGACAGUCAUACCAGCUUCAGUAUCCAGCAGUGAGGAUAAUUUUGGUGGUUUGAGAAGCUUAGAUUCAUCAAGUUCGAAUAAGUCAACAGAAAUACCCAUAUCUGCUCCCAUUGUUGUAGAAUCUAAAGCUACAUUUGAUAUAACCACACCUUUAGAGAAUGUUAAUGAAUCAUCAAAAGCAACAGAAGAUACCAGCACUGCUUUUACUAAUAUAACAAAUACACUAGCUACAGCUGAUCCUAAGAAAAAGUUAGUUUUAGUACUGGCAAAAAGUGAUAAAGAAAAUAUGUACACUGUUAAAAGGAAAUAUAGAAGUCUAACUCCAGAACCUGAAAAACAAGUAAACUCUAGUUAUGAUAGUAACUUGAGCAAAAAUUCAAUAUCUGAUACAAGCAUGUCAUUAGAUGAGACAUUAAAUAAUCCUAUAUUAACAUCUAAAAGCAUGAGGGAGCCUAAAAAUGAAAAUUUAUUGGAUCAGAAGUGUGAUAAGAAAAAUGAAUCAACAUGUACUGCUUAUUCUGAUAUUUCUAUGGACUUGAGCCUAGUGGACAAAUCAUGUGACUUUGAUGAUAAGAUUGAGUCAAAAACUCAAAAUAUCCUUGAUUAUCCUGCAAUAAGUACACAUGAUGCAUGUGGGGAUAAUAAGAAACAAUCACUAAUGACUGAUAACCAAAGUAUAACAGUUAUAAGUGCAGACCAAAAUUCAGGCAAUAAUAUCAUCAAUUGUACUGUUGCAAUCAAAUCUGAGUACUCAAACAUUAUUCGCUCAGAUGAAGUUUCUGUGGAUCAACAAUUAACUGUAAGUUGUGAUGUCUCACAAAAUAUAGGUUUAAUAGAUAUAUCUGAUGUGGGUUGUGUAGUUUCUACAAAUUCAACUCCAAAAAAAGAAUAUAUCAAUCCUGCAAAUACUUGUAUGAGUCCAGAUCUUUUUGAAGAGGAGGAAUCUGUUCGGCCAAUUAUUGAGCCAAAUCGGUCAACAAAACAAGUUGCUGAAGAAAAGUACUUGCACAAAAAGGAUAGUAGACUUAUUCGUAGAAUUCAAGAUAAUUUGAAAGGUGUAUUGCCACCUCAGAGUGUGACAAUUUGCACUCUAUCUGUAGAUGAGAUUCUAAAAAAAAUUGAAUCUAACAAAUCGUAUUUCUGGAAUAAUGAGACUGUAAUAAAAGAAAAUUUGAAUGUUAGCAAUGAAAGUAUUGUUCCUGGUGAAUCAAGAUCCUUGCUCAUCACUGCACCUUUGAAGGAAUGUACCGAGAAGGAGUUUCCACAUAUAUUGGGGGAAAGAAAUCAUGGAUUGCACUUCAACAGCAGCCGACUCUCUGAGCAGCUGGAGGACCUGUACGCGAAGUUUGCGCAGCGCUACGUAGGGGCAGAGACACAGUCUUCCUGUACGGUUUUCGACGCUGAGACCGGCAUGAGCCCUUCGAAGCGGUGCAAACUGUUGGGGCGCAGAUGGGCAACCAAGAGUCCCGGCAGGAGGCUCAGCCACCUCGCCCGCAGAAGGAUCACAUUCUCUAGCGCUAAUCUGGCUGCUGGCACUUCGGGGGCUGCAGGGAGUAGAGCCAGGCAAAUUUUGGUUGAUGCGAAAAAAUUAGAAUUGUUGAGUAGAAGAAAGAGUCCAAGAAAAACGCCCAAGAAAACUCCCAAUAAGAGUCCUAAGAAGAAGACCCGUACUCCAAGUAGCUCUGCAAAGAAAAAGCUGGCAAUGAGAUUCAGAAAAAUGACUGGCGAAAUUGAAAACACAGUUCCUAGUACGUCUGCGGAUGUAUUGAAAUCCAUUUCAAAAAGAGCCCUGUUUCAGAGUCCAGAUAAGAAGAAAGAAUCAAGUUUGUUCUUGCCAAACACUUUUGGACUAUCAACCUUCGAGAAUUCUCCCUCCAAGAAACUACCAGCCAAGCGCGCGUUGUUCUCUUCUCCAAACAAAAGAUCGCCUUUAAAACGGUCUCCAUUCAAACGAUCCCCAUUUCUGGACAAAAAACGGAAAAGGGCAGACUCUGAAGAAAGUCAUCCUUCAAAGAUGCCUAGAAGUAUGUCCACUAUGUCUGACGUCGUGAGACCUUCUGAAUCAGAAACAAGGACAUUACUCAAUAGGACAAAGAGCGACAUUGAAUUGAGCAGCAUGGUGAGACAGCCGCUUGGAGAACUUAGUGCAGUGCAUAAAAAGAAACUCCAAUGGGCUGUCUACGAAGCACUCCGUUCCCAAAACGUUACUCCGACCCACAAACAGUUCAAGCUUUUCGCAUCUGUGCUAGCUAGAGUGACGCGCCGACUGAUGUUGAACAUAACCUUAGGGCAGCCUAGGCCUGAGGGAAGUACUACAGAAAGAAUGUUGCGCAUUGCAAAGCAUCAUGUGAUUGCUGUCAUUAAAGGUAAAUCCGUCGAGGAAAUCAUCAGCGAAUACAACAGACAAAAGGCAAAAACCUUCAAACCUCAAGGCUACAUUGGAAUUGAAGAAUUCAACCGUCUGGAAUCAAUGUCCAAAGAAAAUAUCCUCAGGGACAAAAUAGAAAACGCUAUAAAUUCAUCAAGCAAAGUGAUGAUGAAUUUGCAUUCAAAAUUUACCCCAAAUAAUAGGAUUGAAAGAAUAAGGAAAGUCAUCAAUUUUGGCGAUGACGAGAAUCGAUGAUAUAGAUGUUGAAGAUGUGGAAUUUAGGAGGUCGGAAAAGAAAAAAUAAAUGUAUAUACUGAAAUGUGAGUAAAUCAAUUCAAAAGACUGUAUUAAAAAAUUUACGUCAGCUUGAUGCAGCAAUAUAUAAUAAUCUAUGAGUAAAUAGCCUUUUUCAAGGCUUGGCCCAAAUGCCAGAAAAAACUGAAAUAAACGUUGAAAUAUAUCAAAUUGCAUUUAAUUACUAAUAUAGCUACCAUUUUUAGAUGAUUUAGCUUUGUUCGUUAUUCCUGUUACAAAUCAGAAUUUUCAUUUUUCUCACUUAAAGGUGUAUUAAUUUGGCAAUCCAACUACACUGAAUGUUUCAAAUUUGACUCUAACCAUUCGGCAGGGGUAUUAUGUAUUUUGAAAAGUGACAUGUCGGUUUAUUUUUACAUUUUGUAGGUUUUUCUACAAUAUGUCCACUUAGCUCUAGUUGUGUACUCGUUCCGUAUCUGUACGUGUUGCCUAAACGUCAUGAUGCUUUAGCUAUCAAUGUUUGGCUCUAAUGUGAUGUAACAUGUACUUCAGAGAUGCCAUUAUUGGAGGUCUAAGCUGUAAGAUGUAUACUAUAGCUGGAAAGAAACAGCAGUGCAUAGGUGCAUAGUGAGGAUUUGUGUGCUAAUAAUAUAUGUUGGCGAUAAUUCAAAUUCACUUACUUGAGAUAUAUGCAAAGCUAAAAAUUAGUUAGUUUUUCAACAAGAAAAGAUAAUCCCUGGUUGGUGAAAUAUGUACAUUACAACUAAGUGUGAGAAAAUAUGCUACAUACAGGAAUAUCUAUGAAAAGUGAAAGUGAUUACAUUUUACAUUAUUUUUUAUUUCCAGUCAUUUAAAUUGUACAGAAAUUUAUUUUGCAAUGUCAAUUAGAAAAUACAAGUCCGCUCCUAGAUGCGAGGCACUGCGAAAACGUUUUGUAUGUGAUGCAUCUUAGGCCCGUAUCGUCAGUCGUUCCUACAAUUGUGGGGCGCCUUUAUUCCUUGAUUGUCAUAGUUUUCUACUUUUCCGUGACAGCGCUCUAUUUUGAGGUUAUGUCACAAAUAUCUAUUUGCAUUCAAUUGUGCUUGCUUUUUAGUUAUAUCAUGUUUUAUCAGCCUGAAAUUUCGUACAAUUUAAAAAGAAAACAUAUCUUCACAAUAGGAGAGCGCUGGCGCUGACACGGGACAGGUGCAAUCUAGAAAUUUUUGAAGGAGAGAAAGGAGUAUGACAAUCAAGGAGGCCAUAAACGCGCCCUACAAUUGUAGGAACGACUGACGAUACGGGCUUAGUCCUAAUUUUUCUGUGCUGAUUUCCCGUAAUGCUUCUAAAAAUUUUUGAAAACGCAAAAAAACGGGGAAAAUCGUAAUGAAUAACUUUGAACAUAACCUCUCUUCAGAAAGGACACAAAUAACCUGUCUGACACAGAUAGAUAUAUUUCAUGAGCAGGAUAUUCAGUAAUAAUUUUCUCAGAUAAACUGAUGUGAUUUUGCUACUCUGCUACUCAACCACACAAAUAUCUCAGCUGUACACACUAUCUCGGCAUUCUGCAACAAACAAAGCAUGAUGGGGGACUGACUUGUAGCUUGUUGCAUGGUCAUUGAGCGUGCCGUGUCUUUGAGUCAUUCCUCCAUAGAUGGAUGCUUUUGAUGGCGCUCACAGCGCUUAUAGCGAGCAAACGCGGAAUGAACUAUCUGCAACUAGGAACAAUAUAGGCAGCAAGUUGACAUUUUGUCGUUUCUUUUUUGAAGUUUUAUAGGUUUUUUACGUAAUUACCCUGUGGAUCUCGGAAACGGUAAGACCUGCAAAGUCGGUUGAAUGGGGGCAAAGUUACGCAUUUAAGAAACUAAGAAAUUGGCACUUAGAAUGAUGAUGAUAUAAAACAAAUAACUACCGGAUAAGGCCUCCGUUGCAAAUUCUGGUUUUUAAAUUAUUAUAUCUCUAUAAUAAUUAUAGUUUUCCAUCAUUAUACAUUGUUACUUCCAACGCAGUGGGCGAGGAAAUAUUGUAAUCGCAAACAAUUUCGAAAAGGAGAUAUUGUGUUUUUUCGGAUUUCAUAUAAUAAUAAUAAUACUGUUUAUUGGAGUAUUAGUACAAACGAGCAACAGAAUAAAGAUAUGAGUAAAUAAUAGAAUAAAAAAAAGAAUACCUACCUCAAAAAGCUGGAGAUUGGCAUAGACAUUUUUCACCUCCGCCCAGGUAUCUAAUGUAAAUAUAGUUAUUCACAAGUACAAUAAUCUUAGUAAGGAAAAACAUAUACAUCGCAUAUAAGGUGUCCAUUUAGUAUACUAGGCGCUAAGUAAUAGAAACAUUUUUUAAAUUUUGACGUAGUGUGGGCUGGUAUAAGAAUAGUUUUCUCUAUAAAGUGUUAAAAAAAUAUAUCGGAGAUUUAUAUUUUAAAAUCUUAAAUAAUAAAGCAGCACAGAGAAGCAAUGUUUGAACUUUAAAACAUUUUCACUUACAUAAUAUUCAGUAAUGUGUUCAUGUACGGUUCUGUAAACCUUGUAAUUUGUUGUUUCAUUUCCACUAUAAACCAUGUCACCCAUUUCUGUCCCUUGGCCCGUCUAUAGUUACCGCUCGAAUUUUGAUGAAAUUUUCACACAAAGUUGCUACUACGCCAAGGACGAAAAAGCUUUGUCAUUUUUGGAAGUCGGUCCAGUGGCAACGGAGAAAAAAGCCAAUAACGUUAAAAUUUUUGUAGGUGUUGAAAUUCAGGAUUAGGGGGUGGGGUGUGUAUGUGGAAAUUUCUUAAUCUUAGUAUACUUAUACGCUCCCGUUCGGUAAGUCUAUGCAUCUGUUAGCCAUAUUUCACACAUCAAAGAUUUCCCCGUACACGUGCCUUUAAAUAGAAUGAUAGGGAAAUGUUUUCGAUCCGCGUACUCUCGCUAUCUAAGCUCACCGCCCGGCAAACUGGUCCGGCUGAUUAAUAUAUCCGUAAUACAACGCAAUAAGCAUAUAUGGUAGGCUAGAUCGCAUUGUUGGACUAUGGUCUAUUUUAUAGUCCAUUCAAUCCCUUUGUUAUACAUGUUCGUAGCCUAAUAUUUUUCUAAGAGCGAAUAUAAUCCCUUUUUGACGCAAUUUGAAUUCAGAAUUAAAAACUAUUCACCUAUGCAAAAUUCAAUAUGGCGUCCAUAAAAAAUAAGUUUGUUAACUGAGGUCAAAAGAAGAAUGUCAUAUUGAAAUUUUAAUUUUUUCAUCUUGUAGAUGGUCUAAGAAAAUUAACUUAAAAAUCGUCAGACCAAACAAUUCGUGUAGUUUUGAAAAGGGUAGAGCUAUUCCUUGAGGUGUCCAGAUAGUCAAUCAGCGACGGGAGAGGAGAGACAUCCCCCUUUUCAGGUUUUUGCACGCAUCCCGUAAACCAAUAAUAAUUUCUUUAUUUACAACAUAUUAUUCACAUUUUUACGGUAGUAUCGAUACUUAAGGGGCUACAGUUACUUUUAUUUUUUAUCGACUAAGAUACCCUGUAACUCCUAAAAUAUUCAUCCUACAGUAAAAAAAUUAUUACUUCAUUUGUUGUAAUUUUGAUGUAGAAUAUUAUAGGAAUUAUAAAUAUAUUAUUAACAGUUUACGAGAAGCAAGCAAAAACCUGAAAUUAGGAGCCUUCCUCCCUCUCCCCCACCACUGGCUCACCCCCCCAUUCUGCUAAAUUUCAAAACUACAUGAAUUAUUUGGUCUUAUUUAGAUAACUUUAUCAGGCUAAGAGCAGAAAAAGUGGCAGUGUUAAUAUGCAAUUUAUUUUGACCUUGAUGACAUUUUAGUUUUUUCGUUUAUUUUAGUUUCCUAAAUGCGCAGCUUUGCCCUCAUUUAACCGAGUUCGUAUCUAUUACGAUUUCCCAUAUCCCAAUGGUGAGAGUCGAAUUUGAAACAUCCGGUAUUCAGACCAUUUACAAUAUAGUGGUUGCUGACUUUAAUACUGUCUGGGUUUAAUGAAAUAAAAAAAGCUAGAUGAAAUUACUAAAUUAAAGCAGUUUAGCUUAUUUUAUUAAUACUGCGUGCCGUCAGCAGCUACAAAGGUAGUCUGAAUUUUUAGGAUAAUAUUUUACUUUUUUUUCUGGUAAUGCUACAACUGCCGUAGCAAUAUAAAUAUUUAAUACCAUGAAUUCGUAAAUCAUACUUCAGCUGACAUUCUUUUCCGAUUUCCAAUUUUUAUUAUGAAUAAUAUGUACACAUUUUUACUACCAUGGAAGUUGAUUGUGAAAUUACUUUUUUGAUUUGUGUAGAUUUUAUUAUACAAAUAUGGGUUUUAUUUUUUGGUGAUAGAUAUAGUUUAUGGUAUGGUACUGAGCAAGUAGUUCCAACAAAAGGCUCUCUAAGGCCGUGAACAAAUACUGUGUCGGUUAAUAUAAAACACGUUCAUUUCCAUCAUCCUUGGAUUUUUUGCUGGACUUGUGAUAACUCCGCGAUAUUUAUUAGUCCCUACGCCGUGCAUUGAGAACUGUUAUCUGUCACUAAAAUAUUUUAAGAAUGGAUCUCUUUUAUUUUUAAGACAUUAGGGUUUGAAUCGGUUUUAUGGUGGUACUAGUAAGGGCUUGCACGAUUUCUUCUAUAUGUCUAAAUACGUCGAUGUUAUUUUGGGUUAAAUUUUAUUACAUAUACACUCAUACAGGGCGAUUAGAUAUGGUAUGGGUACUAAACUGGAAGAGAGUAGCACUGCGUGCAUUUGUAUCGGCAAUGCGAUGCGCGCCUUUGUGGUGUACGAUGUAUGUUAUUCUGUUUCAUUUUGGUAUCAGAUUAUAGGUUUAGAAGAAUAUAUUCAUUGUGUUCCCCUGCACGUUUGCCAGAGCAGCUGGAUAACAAGAACCUCAAAAGUGUGUCACCCUCAUUUGAUCAUAUACGGAUUACUAUAAUAAUCUGGACUACAUGCAAACAUUUUGAUAGUCUUCAGAAAUAACUUCACACGUGCUUUUUUCAUUUAUCUACAUAAUUGUUUGAGUGAUAUUUUUUGUGUGAAUAACUUUAAUUUAUAUCCGUACAGUAAUCAAACAAAAGUGCUCUAAACGAGGUUAAAUUUAGUGUAAAUAUAGCCAUGUUUGGUUGAAAGCACCAUUAUUGACGUGUCUUAUCGUUAUCAACAGUGCCUUACAUUCAUGUGUGAACAAAUUCAACUAUUUACUCAACUUCGACAUGUUAUCAUUGUCUUUUCCCAUAGUUCCUUUGCAAAAAUCGAAACAUAUAGUCAGUCGUUCACCACGAUACUUCAACACAGAACACAUUCAGAUGUCUAAACAUGAUUAACCUUCAAAUACCACCUCAAAUAUAAAUUGCACGUUACUAAUUAUACGUCUCGGCCCUACAUACUGUUAAUAUCGAUCACUGUACUGAAAUCAUCACUUUGUUCUAUGUAUCGUGCUUCCUUUAAUUAUUUUUUUUUUCAUGAUUAAGCUAAGGGUGAACUGACACAUUAUUACUAACUUUAAAAAAUAGAUUUCAUACGUUCCUCAGACGUACAGCUAGUACGGGUUACGAAGAGCCUUUUUUUUACUUGUGAAGUAGUGAGUAUUCACAGAUAUUGAUUAAAAAUUUAUUUAACUCUCUCUUAAAAUUUUAUAAUCGUUAGCAGCUACAUUGCUUAGUCCGUUCUGAUUGUAUACUCAAAAGUAAUUGCUUUUUAUGGCAAAUCGCACAAAAGUGUCGCUAGGAAGUACGUUGUAGGUUACUUGACAGUGUCAUUAAAUAAUCAGCUGGAGAGCUCACAUUUUGGGCAGGAAGAGCCGACAGGGCAAUACUUGUCGAGCUUCCCUGCCUGAGAUUGGCUAUAAAAGCUUUUCCAAAAAAAUUAUUAGCUGUUGCAUUUUUUUACGUGUUGAACUGUCGUGGUAAAUAAUUGAUUGCUUUCUUCUAGUCUUUCGGCAUACUCUUAGCAUCGUCCACUAUUUCGAAAGGUGCAAUAGUAAAAUAUGCACUUUUGUUAAUUUAGUGUUAUGUUAUCGCAUGCGGAUAUGGUAGAUUUUUAAAUAAUGAUAAGGUUAAAAGACUGCUUGUACAACCACGAGUUUAUAAAUUUUGUUGAUAAUAAAAUUGUAUGCCAUAGUUUUUGUAUGUUCUUAGCUUCCUAAAAAUAUGUUCCAGUGGUUCUGUAGAAAAGUCAAUUAAGGGCCGUAUCGUCAGUCGUUCUUACAAUAAUUGAAGGACGCCUUUAUGACCGCCUUGAUUUUCAUAGUUUUCUACUGAUCGGAGUCAGCGCUCUAUUUUGAGGUUAUGUUAUAAAUGUCUAUUUACGUCAAAUUGUCCAUGCUUUUUAUUUAUAUCAUCUGUUAUA